AAUUUAAAUUCCCACAAACCCCAAAAUGUCAAACUUGGAAAACCUCUAUGAACAAAGUUUCUCGUUCAAGGAAGAACUGCUCCAGCUUAAGGCUCAGUUUGAAGAAGAGAAAGAGAAGGCUGAAGCUUAUAAUGUAAAGGUGGAAGAUUUGAAGAAGACGAUGAAGCAGUUUGAGAAGGAGGUGAAGAAGGUAAACAAGAAGGUUAAUAAGGAGUUAUAUGCUUCGACUAAUAUGUAUUAGGCUAGCUUGUGAAGGAGCAGGAG